UGUUAUUCACAACAAAUUAUCUGCGUGACAUAUUUGUUCCGCAUGUCUUAAGAUCACGUGUCCAUGUUAUCAGGUAGACAUAGGGCUAAACAGGAACUGUUAUUUCAUAUAGGGGUGACGUGGAGUGUAUCCCGAGUGGUAUCGAAUACCAUGAAUGAAAUGCUGUUGAAGAAAUGAUUGUCAUUUCAUGUACUGGUAUGGUUUAAAGAACUGUGGUAUUUUUGGAGUACUCUCUGAAAAAGUUAUCGAGCGACGUCAGAGGAUAGACGAGAUACAUUUGCUAGUAACAUUAGCUAGUUCGGCUAUCUAGCUAACGUUAUCAAGUCAGCAGAACUUCAUUGUCCAUCCAGUGAGCAGACAGUGGCCAGUUCUGCAUGAAGAUUGACCCCUGCAAUCAUGGCAAGUCCUGAUGACUUAAAAUUUCAAGAAUUCGAUGAGGCCGCAGACUUGCUGUCAGCUGACCCUGGGGCCUCUACCCUCAGCGUGUCCGCCUUGAGUGGCACAACAGCAGGGACCCAGGACACUAAAGUAGACCUCUCCGAGGAUGAAGAGAACCAGCAGGAGAACUCAGGGCUACUAGGUGGAGAGAAUAAGACUGGCGGUUUUUGGACAUUUGAAUACUACCAGUCAUUCUUCAAUGUAGACACAAUGCAGGUGCUGGAUAGAAUCAAAGGAUCUGUGAUGCCUGUGCCUGGGAGAAACUUUAUAAAGCACCACAUCCGAAACAGUCCAGAUUUAUACGGUCCCUUCUGGAUCUGUGCAACACUGGUGUUCUCUGUGGCCAUCAGUGGGAACCUUUCGAACUUCCUGAGCCACAAGGGUGAUGGGCAGUACCACUACAGGCCCCAGUUCCACAAAGUGACGAUAGCAGCGCUUGUGGUGUUCCUCUAUGCAUGGCUUGUGCCGCUGGGCGUCUGGGGUUUCCUGACCUGGCGGCAGGGGACAGAGCGCCAGACCAGUGCGUACUCCUUCCUGGAGACGGUGUGUGUCUAUGGAUACUCCUUGUUUAUCUUCAUCCCCACCUCGGUAUUAUGGAGCAUACCAUUUCAAUGGGUACAAUGGACUCUCAUUGUAAUUGCUAUGGUAAUCUCAGGGUCAGUACUAGUCCUCACAUUUUGGCCUGUGGUUCGUGAUGACACCAAGGUGACCGCUUUUGCCACGGUGGCAAGCAUUGUGGUGCUCCAUGCCCUGCUGGCUAUUGGCUGCAAGCUGUAUUUCUUUGAGACAGCUUUGGAAAUAACGCCGACACCCACUCCAGGCCAUCUUACCACGAAUACCAGCAUGGGCCAAAUGAACUGACUUGGAUAAGGGUUGGGUGGUGGAAGACUGGGGUUGUUGUCCUGAGAUUGGGAUGGGGCAGUGGUUUGAAGGAGAGCGAUUCUGAUUUAAUUUGUGUAUUAAAAACAUUUAAUAAAUAAUCUUCUAUUUUUGCACUUGUGCAGCAAAGAAAUCCAGAUGAAGUGUUGGAUUAGUGUUUGAUAUGGAUUAGGGGCAAGUGUUUGAACUUUGGACUACUCAACAACCCCCAAACCACUCUACCAAGUGGUCUGGGUUCAUGUCCAUUCCCAAUUUCCCCUAGGUAAACUCAUUUAUUCCUGUACUUAUUUAUUUGUUCUUUACUGUUUUACUUUCCUGCUUUGACUUGGGGCUUUCCCUGGGGUGUAAAUAAAGUCAUUCCACAUUCGUCAGUA